GCGUGUUGUAUCUCCUUCCUGCUUCUGUUUCGCUGAGGUGAAGGAUGCGCGGCAGUAUCGUUUUGGAAUGAACACGUGGUGGCCAUAGCUGAAUGCUCGGGAGGUCGGAGAAGGCAACCUCGCGUUCAAAGGGUGACUGUACCCAAUUUGCUCGCUACAUCGCGGCCAAGCCCACGAAUUAUAUUUCCACCUCGUUUUGUGCAGGCAACUAGCGUCUCUACUGUCUAUAUCAAAUCACCACCAAGAGAGGGAAGGAGAGAGGAGAGGGGAGGAGAGAGGAGAGGGGAGGGGAGACGAAAGGUAACCAAGCCAUAGGCGCCUGUUUUCUUUCGAAUACAACUUCUGAAUGGGCCCGACGUGAGCGAGCGGCUCGGCAUCGUUAAUCAGAGUGCAAGGGCACGCGCGAUUGAUUAGCAUGUCAACGGCAACAUUAUCGCGGAAGACGAAACUCCAUACCUGACCAAGUGCUUGUGUGUGUGUAUGUAUUUGAGUGUGCGUUCGUGCUAUAUGUUGUGUGCGUGUGUGUAGGGGAGAGAGAGAGAGAGAGAGNAGAGAGAGAGGAGCUGGGGGCUGCAGGUGAUACUAAUGUAUCUUCUUGAAAGGGAACUGCAGGCGGUGGUCAUGUUGAGAGGAACAGUUUCCAAGGUUUUUUGCCUUGGUGAGGGCUCAUAUCUUGAUUAUCUUGCCGCUUUUCUGUGUAUCGCUGUUGUUGCAGGAAUUGCAAUUUUCUCUAUUGGCAACUGCCUCAACUUUAUAUCUUUUGGCUAUGCCGCACAGGACUUCGCCUCGCGAGCGGCGAGUGAUACGUGGCGUGCCGUCACCAUGAGUUUCCUAUUUGGCAAGAAGCAGACCCCGCAAGAACUCUUGCGGGAGAAGAAACGAAUGUUGGACCGUUCCAUCAGAGAGCUGGAUCGGGAAAGAAUGGGGCUUCAGCAGCAGGAGAAGAAACUCAUAGGAGAGAUAAGAAAAGCUGCCAAGCAAGGCCAGAUUCCAGCGGUGAAGGUGAUGGCGAAGGAUCUUAUACGGACGCGGCAUCAGAUUACAAAAUUUUACGGCUUGAAGUCGCAGUUGCAAGGUGUCUCAUUAAGGAUCUCGACACUCAAGUCGACACAGGCGAUGGCCGAGGCAAUGAAAGGUGUUACGAAGGCAAUGGGUCAGAUGAACAAGCAGUUGAACCUACCAGCUCUUCAGAAUAUCAUGCGAGAGUUUGAAAAGCAGAAUGAAAAGAUGGAAAUGACGACGGAGGUGAUGGGAGAUGCAGUUGACGAUGUUCUAGAGGGUGACGAUGAGGAGGUUGAGGCCGAUGAACUUGUGAGCCAGGUCCUGGAUGAGAUCGGCGUUGAUCUUAAUGCUGCGUUGGUGAAUGCUCCAGCAGGGAAGAAAGCAGAAGGGACGAGCGCAGGAGCAUCAAGACAACCUGUGGCCACUGGUGCUAGUGCUGGCGGUGGCGGUGAUGGUGAGGAUGAUGGGAUUGGCAUGGAUCUUCAAGCUCGCCUUGAUAAUCUUCGUAAACUGUAGGGUGUUUGCGGCAUACAGAAUACAACAAAGCUUCUUUUAUUCCGGGUUUCCCGACCAGCUCACGAAGAAAGAUUGAAAGACUGAAGUGUGUUUACCUGCCUGGGUUGCUGCCUGGACUCUCCUCAAGUAUGAUCUUGAAAGUGCCGUAUGGUCAUGGCCAUAUGUGGCCAAUUGCUUGGGCAGCUCGUGUCACGCUUUUGAAGACGAUACACGCUAGAGGAGUGGAGGGUAAGGAGGAAAGACCAAUAGCGGGCGAUUGGUGUUUUGCAAGCCAUGGCUUUGUGGUCUUUUCCUUUUCAAUACUACUUUGUUGUGGCUCGUGAUUUGGGUGUUUUUUUUUUUUUUUCCCUAAUGCUCAAGGAGCUUAGGAAGGAGAUGCGAAGUGGGCAGUGGAUUGCAGUAGAAAUCGGGGGUCUCGUGGGUGAAGAAUCUGAAGAUGAAGGCAAAGCUGAUCAGAGGGGUAGGAGUCGCACGCGACAAUGAACAGGGCAUCAAGGGCAACAAAUUGAGGUGGCUAGGCUUACUCACUGUACAAAAUCUGCAUUUGUAUAUGGUAUGAUCGACUCCUGUUUUUUUUUUUUUUUUUUUUUUUUUUCCUGGUUAAUGUAUCUGUAUUCAUAGGGAGAAGUAUCAGAGAGUCAUUAAUCUGGGAGUUGAAGGUGUUGGAGUAGGCGAUAAAAGCGAAGGAAGGUGUGGAAGCCAGAUUUCUAGGCUGGGCUUCAAUCGUUACCUGUGGAAGUGAUUUUGUUGGGGAUGUUAUUCUUGCAAUGGCUUGACAUUAUUAUGUGCGGUGUUUGUUAGUAGCAGCACACGGGAGGAAGUGCAGUUCAGAAGUCUGUGGAGCACACAUGCAGGUGGGCAUGCGAGUUACGCAACGCGCAGCAGGCAGGACGGUACGUUGAAGGUAUUCGAUUGUUCAGUUGGCGUUGGGCUGCAAGAUGUUUCUUGUAUUGUUCAUUUAGCAGUGGGGUGCAAGAUAUGUCUUGUAUUGUUCAUUCAAACACAGCAGCAGGCAGAAUGGUAGGCUGAAGGUAUUUGAUUGUUCAGUUGGUGGUGGGCUGCGACAUGUUUCUUGUAUCUGUUCAUUAUUUCAUAAGGGUCCUACAUCAUGCUUGGUAUUGCGCAAGAAAGGGAGAGGAAAUGGAGAGCACAGGAGUGUGGUGAAGGGUGGACGUGGUUAUAAACUGUGCUGCCGAAGCAUCUGAAGCACAUUUUGUCGGAUUAUAAAAGAAGUAAAGAAGGGGUGCUCUCAUGAAUGGCGGAAGAACGAUGCAAAAAGCAUUCCUUCGAUUGUUUACCUCUCAUAGCAUUACGGAACU